UCUCUGCCGUUAUCAGCGGAUCCUGGCUGUACACUCGGGAAGUCUGUCAAUCUGCCAGGUAGUCAGUCCAUCACAGCAGUCACCUUCCGUAUCGGACUUUGGCGUGUCUGUCCGGCACUCAAGAGGAUCGUCACCUCUCCUGGCACUUUGCUCCCGGCCCCCGGUUGCCAGCUUAUUCAAUAUUCCAGCUGGCCGGAAGUGAAAGAAGCCGAUCUCGGAAUAUCUUGGUCUUCGCUUGAAUUUACACCUUCUUUUGUCACAAAAAUGAGGUAUGCCAUGCCGUUGGUAGCACUAGCGUUAGCAAUUUUGAUGUUGGCAACACUGUUUGCUCUACUUGGUCACUGCCAUGCCGACCUGAAGACUUUGGUGGCUUGUGGACUGUAUACAAUUGGAGGAUUGACCCUGGCCAGCGGCCUCAUCGUCUUCGUUUCCGUGUUGAGUGACGUAACCGCGGGGACUAAGAAGCUCGAGUAUCGAUACGGUUGGUCCUUCCACGCGGCGGGAACAGCCUUCGUUCUGUCCGAGAUCGCUGCCCUGGUGUCUAUCUCAGCGUACCUGGGGCGGUUCUCCAGUGUGGAGGACAUGGUGAGGGCGAUGGUACCUGGGGCCGACAGGAAGCUGAGGCACCGGCAGCUCUGCGGAGAGUAUUUGGGAAGGACGGAGCAAGGGGUUGACAGUUCACUUCCGACACCUCCAGAUGUCUGUACGGCCAAACCUCGGGUGGGGCCUAUCAGUGGAAGGAAGCCUGUAAGAGGUGGUAUUCCUAUUACUAACAUAUACGAUGGGAUACCAAAGACUCCUCUUCACAAAAGAUCUACAGAUCCUCUGAUGCCUCACCCGGCAACUCUUGUACUGCCGGAGCAUGAACGCUACCGUUACACCACCAUCAUCCACCAGGGUCUUCUGGGAGUGGCUGAAGGCUCUUCUUCCUCAGAAUCUUCAGCGACCUCUGGCGGCUCCUGCAGCCAUUCCCCGCCUCGCAGUCGACUCCCAGCUCAUUCUCCACCGCUCACUCGACUCCCUGUCCACUCACCACACUGCCCCAGGAGCAGCUCGCCCUCUAGUGGGAGCCUGGGUUACUGCUCUGCAGUCACGUGACACCCUCCAGCUCUCCGUUCACAGGAAGACGUCAUAUAGAAGACUCGCCAGAUUUGAGUCCUCCAUCAUUACAAAUAAAACUAAAUUUAAUAAUAUUUUCGUAUAUUUUAUGUAAUGUAAUUAUUUUUGUAAAGUAGUAUUCCAACAGGAUUGUCUGUCUAUUCUAAUAAAUAAAACUCUAAUGUGUGA